AUGCGGUCGCUGAGGUCCAAGUUCGUGUCCGCCUGUGCGCUCAGCAUCGCCUCUGUCACUGCCGCUGUCCUACCUAGCCGCGCCGCGGACGUUCCUCGACCGGACGGAAAGCUCCUGCACUACGAAUUUCAACACGACUACGCGCAAGCUACCUUCAGUGUCCCCUGCAACGGCUGUCUUGGCUCAGCACAUGACACGGACCAGGAUGACGAGUCUCUCGUUUUGAGGUUCACAAGUCAUGCCCAAGACGAAGCCUGCGGUUCUUCUAACAUCACCUUGAAUGGAGUGCAGCUGUCUCAAGAGUGGAACGGCGACUUCGCUACUGGCUCAGGCUCAUACACCGCUGGAGGUACUACCGACGCUACACAGGAUGACCUUUCUCUACAACGCGACUUGGAUCUUGAGUGGAACUCUGCCUGUCUUCACGGUGACGAGGAGACAGACGAAGCAGCACAGGUCCUGACAGUCAGCAUCAAAGCCAUCGACGGCAAAGCCCUUAUCAUCCCCUCUGGAUUUACAGUCUCUUUCAAGCAGCAAACAUCACCUCCCUCUUUGCUCAGGUUCGAGUCUGUUCCCGACCGCUCUGCAAGUGACAAAGACGUAGCACAAUACUGGCGUAAUCCGCCUGCACACCUUCGUCUCGUCGCCAACGGAACCCUAGUCACACAAGACAGUACUGUCCUUGAGCAGUCACUAGAGAACGACCUCCGCGAGUUAAGAGAGCUUCAAGCAGAGCUUCGAAAACUCCAGCAGGCGAUUGCAAACAAGAAGGAUCGCAUCAACUCACAGCUUCGGAAAGAGGUCAGUAGCCUCACGGACGAGAUCAACGAGUGUGAAGGUCUCGCCUGUAUAUUCAAGGCCAUUGCGCACAAAGCUCAAGGUGCCUUGAAAGACGCUGUUGAGCGUUGCAAGUCCAAGCAAAUCAACGACAUGGGUCGCCCAAGCCUGGACCUCUACGCGCCGGCCCACAUCAAUGCGGUGCAAAAGUCUGGUGGCUCAAUCAAAGUUGAGACAAUAAAUGUGCAACCGUACGAGGAAGCUACCGAUGAACUGCCACCACGUCCUACCAAGACAUCGCCGUACAUCAUCGCUCUCGAGCAUACCGUCGUGCAGCCCGACAGCACGCCUGGCGCAACUGGUGGCGCGGCAAUUGGCGAAAAGACCCAAGAACGCAUCGAAGACUACGAAGAGAAGCGCUCCCUCAUCCAGUCGCAAGAGAGCGUCCUCGAAGACGCUAUGCAAGCCGAAAUCCGCCAACUGCGCGCUGCUCACGACGUAGUCAACGACCUCGUCCGCGGCGCCGAAGAAGGCAGGGCCCCGUGUAACUGCCAUCACACAUACCCGCCCUCCCUGGCGUCGACAUACCCGCCCACCGUCAUGUCGUCAUGA